ACUGCUAGCCGUCGGUGUGUGUUGUUGUUCAAGCAAUGAUGGCGGCGGCAGCGGGAUGCGGAUCGGCAACCGCGGCUGCCGUAGGAGGCCAAGGUGGAAACGCUACGGCCAGAGGUCGUUUCCCCGGUCGGCCUUGGUCAUCGCGGAGUCGUUUGCGCUCCGAGAAGCGAUGGCAACUCGGGCGUUCGAGCUCAGAAGCUGAUGAUGUGACUAACGGAGGGCCAAGGCCCGCAAACCUGGCUCUUUCGUUAAACGAAGACCAGUCUCACUUGCGCCUACUCGGGAUAGAGGCAAGCCACAAGAUCCUCGGCCAAGCUGGAUACAGCUCUAGUGGAAGUGAAGAGGGUGAUGACUUCAAAGGAUUUGAAGCUGACAAAAGAGGUUCUGCCGAAUCUGCAAUGCUGCAAAAAAAUUCUUCCAAAGGAGACACUGUCAGCACAAAAUCUAGGAGAAAAAGUGAGAAGCCGCCACAAAAAGUGCCAGCGAUUGAUGAGGCUAUCCCGCCUGACCCUGUAAAAGAAGAGAAAGCUGCGGAGGAAACACAGGACAUAUCUCUAGAAACAAAACCGGCGAGGGAUUCAAAGAAGCCGUCAAAAGGAAAAAACACUAUGGACCAGGGGUCAGCUAAAGGCAGAGCAUCGGCUACAGCCCCAAGGAUUACUAUUAAGUUGGUGGCCAAAAAGAAGGUGAAAACUUUAAAAGAGCCUCAGAAAAAAGCGGAUAGAAAGUUAAAACUGAAAGAAGCGCAGGACCAGCCCGAUGUUGAGGACAAUCAGGCUGAUCAGAUUUUAAGUGCUCAUAUCAAGUUGAAAACAGAGUCGUUCAGCGAUGAACUCAGCCCCGGGGAGAAAGCAGCAGCUACCGUACCUAUGAGGAGGCGUGGGAGAUCUGCUGUAAAGGUAGCAGAGCCUUUAAGCCAGACUACUGCCAAAGUUGUGGUUGGUGACCAAAAAUCUAAAGAGAAGCAACCGACCAACAUGGAUAAGGAAAGCGGUUCUGCGAAGCAAAAACUGAACGCGAAGGAUGUAAAGAAAAAGAGAGCUGCCCUGCCUCGGCGUUCUGGGGUUAGACUUGUUACCCGUAGAAGUGCGAGAGUUUCUACCCCCCUCUCUAAAAACACAACAGACGCUGUUUCUGAAACAGAAAGUCUGAGUAAACCUGCAACUGUUCAGCCCGAAUCCAAGACCGAAAUCUCACAAAAAGCUCAAGCCAAACCAACAGUGCAUAGAGAAGGAAGACGGCAAAGCAGAAGAUUAAAUAAAGAUAUUACAGUACCAGAAAAUCAGGGCUCAUUAUCCACAGAACCGGACAAUUUAUCUGCACAUGCCGGUGAAAGUGUGCCCAUUAAAAUCGAGGAAAUGAGAGUCCCCAGCAUAAAGUUAAUAAAGAUCAGAAACCCUAAAUAUGAUGCACAAGCCAGUGGGAAGACUUUGUCUCGUAAGAAAAAACGGAAAAAAUAUAUUUGGACUUUAGCAUUGGUCAAAUUAGGAAGUCCAACUGUGAGGGCAGAAGAUAGCCUUAAGGUACCAACAGAGGCUGUUAGCAAAGAGGACCAGGCACCUCUUUGUGACACCAAUGUUAAGAAAACCCCAAAGAGAAAGGGUAGAAAAUCCAAAAAGGAAAGCACGGUUCCGCUUGAAAGCCAGAACAAUGUUGAAAAGGAUCCACAAAGCAUGGCUGACUCUGAAACAUCAAGUUUAAAUGUGCAAGCUGAAGCAGAUCCUACGCCUGAAACUCCCACGCAAGACACCUCCAAAGCAGAUUGCGGGAAGGUACCACCUCUUCAGAUUAAAAAAGUCUCUUCUCCCGGCAAACAUAAAAGCUCUAAGCCGUCUUUUCUCAUUCAGCAGGUUAGCCCUAUACCUGAAAAGAAGGAGGAAAAUAUGAAGGAUUUGCCAGAAGCUCAAGAGGAGAUGUCUUCUUUACAGGAUACUGAGGGCAGUCCGGUUAGGAGGCUAAGAAGGAGGGCAUCAAGUCUUGAGUCACCGCAGAAGAAAUGUGUCAGCCAGAAACCUUCAACCGUUCAGAAACGAAGGUUAAGGAAAAGUCCUCAAGAGAAAGAAAUGCCACAGGUGAAAGCCGAAGUUUCUUCUCAGGUUUCCUCUGAAGAGUCCGCCCCUCAAAUUCUUACAACAACCUCAUGUCCUAAUUUGGCCGAAGAUCCCCCAGUGGCUACCAGUUUAAACCCCCCUGAUAUUCUAGAAAAGGAAACACCAAAAGUCCCAGAUAGUCCACCACAAAUGCAGGCUGAAGUUUCUCCACAGACACUGGAGAACAAGCCAGAGCCGCAGAUUGAAGAGGCUCAGCCAUUACCAGUGCCUUCCAAACCUAAAAAGCCCAGAACAAAUAAGCAAGGCAAGAAAAAGAAGAUGGGUCGAAAGCCGAAGGCUUUGGUUUUACCUGAUGCCACCGUAGAGACGGCCCCCGACGCUGUUGAGGUUAACACGGAGCCCGCUCAGUUGGAAAAGUUUCAGCCUUUAGUCGAAGAGGUGAGUCAGCCGGAGGGAGAGGAGAGAACAGAACCAGAGUCGGAGACCAAACAGGACUCCGUGUCAGUAGAAGUCCAAGAACAACCGGUACGCCCAACAGUAAAAGAAGAACCGGAUAUGCAGUCUAUAGACAGUAAGCAUUUGGAAGACGGGCAGCGGUUGGAAGACGGGCAGCGGUCGGAAGAAGGGCAGCAUUUGGAAGACGGGCAGCGGUUGGAAGACGGGCAGCGGUCGGAAGAAGGGCAGCAUUUGGAAGACGGGCAACAGCUGAACAGCCAGGAGAUGGACAGUCAGCAGUCAGUGGUGUCUAAAAGUCAAACAUUUGCUCAAACUAUAUCUAAGAAACCUUACAAAAAGCUAAAAAAGAAACGUAAAAACCUAAUUGGUCAGCAUCAAAAGCACAAGCACAGAGGCAGGGAUGGGAAAUUUGCUCCACUUACAUCUCAUGAAAGUCAAAGUUCCUUUGAGGCUAAUGAUGACAGUUCUCUGCUUCUGACAGGCCCCACUCCUCCCCACAGUGCGACGCUCAUCGGAGUACAGAAAAAAUACAAAAAGAAGCACACAGGCCUGCAUUUUGUUGGAGCUAAAAAGUCAAAAUCUCGGUCUAAAAUCAUUUCCAGCCUGAUUGAUAUGGGAAUGGAAAAGGGUAGUUUAAAGCAAGAAGAAGCCGACACUCCAGUGGACACUGAACAGCAUGAUGUUGUGAAUGCCCAGCCUUGCAAGUCAAAGUUUGUCAAAAACAUCAAGCACUUUAUCAUGCCUGUGGUAAGUGCAAGGUCCUCCCGAGUGAUCAAGACUCCACAGAGGUUCAUGGAUGACAUUGGCAUGUCUGUGUUGCCUCGAAGGCACUCUCCAAAGAAGGGUUUACAGCUGGGCUUGAACAUUCGUCCAGGGAAGAGACGAGAGGAUGGGCCUGAAAGGCCACUGUCUCCCAUCUUUCCUAUUGACGAGGACAUUUUGAGCGAAGCUCAGCUGGAUGUUGAUCUGUUUUCAGCUCAGGACCUGGAGGACAGCAUUGAUUUAGCUGACAGCCUGUUUUUUGACUGUAAAAGUGAGAAAAACGAAAAGAAGUCUCCUCUAAAGAACGCUAGCUUCAAGUGGAAUCUUCCUGAAGAUCCCUGCGAGGAGUUAUUUACACUGGAUAAAAGCGCAGAGAGCAAAUGUGAGGAUCUGUUUUUAUCUACCACAGCAGAUAAGCUCCCAGAACUGUCUUCAGACCUCACAGAGGUUCUGAAAAAGAAGAGUCCGCCCAAAUUUAACAAGCAGGCAGCUCACCUGAACAUUUACCAGAGACUUAAAAAGCCUGUCUUAGGACUUCCAAAAAGCAAAAUCACACAAGAGCUGGAACCUACGUGCAAACCCACUUUGCCUCCAGUUGAUUUAGCAGAGGGACUCGACGAUGAGGUCAUGAGCAUCAGUCUGAGACAGCGGGACACAAACGUAGAAAAGGAAAAGUCCAAGAUAAAGAUCGAAGACCUGGACAGUCCAGGGGUGGUUCGAAAGGUUUCUGUCUGUGUUCGGACUCCUCAUUCCUACGCCGCUGCUUUGAAGCAAUGUGAAGAGGAAGCAUCAGCAGUAAAAGACUCAGCCUUAAGUGACUCAGGAGGGCUGUCGGUACAGAAAUCACACGCAGCUGAAGGCGUUCCUCCUGGGCAUACGGAGAGGGGAGCGCCACAAAGGCCACGCCUCACUAGUGCAAAUAAACGGAUGUUGAAUCUCCUCAGGAAAGCAAAGGUUCAACUCAUUAAAAUUGACCAGCAGAAACAGCUAAAGUCAUCUGGGCUGUUAUCUGGCACCGCUGCUUCCCGAUCCCAAGAUAUUGCCUCAAAAAGACAUAGGAGGAAGCAGAGGGCGCAGGUUCCUCGUCCUCAGGUUCCUGUCAAGACAGAGCCACUUCAAGGACAACCACAGCUCAUCUCUCCACUGUGCCAGGAGUUCCGGCGAGCAGGCGGCCCACGUAUCAAGCAUGUGUGUCGCGCCGCCUCCGUCGUCCUGGGCCAGCCCCGAGCCAUGGUACCUGAUGACAUUCCCCGACUGAGUGCCUUGCCGCUGCAUGAAAGAUCCGGCAUUUCCCCGUCAGCUAUCCCUAAAGAUAUUGGGUCUCCAUCAGAGUCAGACAGCCCCAGCCUAUCGGAUCCUAAGGCAACAAAGUCUAAAAAGCCGUCCAACUUUGGGAAGAAGAAAGGCCUCGGGCCGUUCGGAUACCGCUCGCGGCGGUGUGGCAUCUGCAAGGGCUGCAACCACGAGGAGGAUUGUGGGAAGUGCAUAAACUGCCUCGACAAGCCGAAGUUUGGUGGCCCUAACACUAAACGACAAUGUUGUGUGUAUAAGAGAUGUGAUCAGAUUGAAGAGAGGAAAGCGCGCAGACUUAGCGGCAGAACAGCUCCCAAAAGUUCGUCUAAGCGGAGGCGGUCCUCCUUCAGCGGGGGUUGUUCAAGCAAUGACGAAGGCAACGAGGGUGGUGGGGACUCGCCAUCUGGUCCCAACACAGACGGUCACAGUCCAUCAGUAAGGAAGCAGCCAAAGCGCGUUGUGAAGCCACGCGUCUAUUUUAACCUGAUGGAUUACGACUCAGACCUUGACAACAAAGCUUUAUCGAGCUCUGCCUCACCAGCAAGAAGGAGGGGUGCUGGACAUCGCUUCAACCAAGACUUUGUCUCCCUGGACGGGUUCUUUGAAGACUUCUCAGAUGAUGAAGUCCGACACCGUAAAUCCAGUUCACAUCGGGUACCACAGAGUCGACGGAAACCUGAGAAGGCGCUUCCAUCUCAGGUUCCCUUGGAGCAAACCCCCCCCAGUGUCCUUGCUGCCCUUGCUCAUGGGUUUGAGCAGCGGGAAGUCGAGUCUUCUAAACCAACUCACAAACUCAGGGUGGACUUCAAAGAGGACUGUACUUUGGAGAAUGUCUGGAAUAUGGGUGGUUUGAGUAUUCUGACCUCUGCACCUGUCAUGCCGCCCUACGUGUGCUUCCUUUGCGCCAGUAAAGGACAACAUGAGAUGCUCUACUGCCAAGUAUGCUGCGAACCCUUCCACCAGUUUUGCCUAGACCCUGCUGACCGCCCCUCAGAGGAAAAUAAAGAAAAUUGGUGCUGUCGACGCUGCAAGUUUUGUCAUGUUUGUGGAGGGAAAAACAGACUCUCCAAGCCUUUAUUGGAGUGUGAACGAUGCCAAAACUGUUAUCAUGCUUCCUGCUUGGGACCAAACUAUCCAAGGCAAAACAAGAAAAGGAAAGCCUGGGUUUGUACAACAUGCAUCCGGUGCAAAAGCUGUGGUGUGACACCAGGAAAGACCUGGGACACGGACUGGAACCAUGACAAAGGCCUUUGUCCAGACUGCUCAAUCCUGUUUGAUCAGGGUAAUUAUUGUCCAAUCUGCUUCAAAUGUUAUGAAGACAAUGACUACGAUAGCCAGAUGAUGCAGUGCGGCUCAUGCAACCACUGGGUACAUGCCAGGUGUGAGGAUCUAACAGAUGAGCUGUAUGAGAUCCUGUCCAGCCUGCCUGAAAGCGUGGUGUAUUCAUGCCGGCCAUGCAGUGUGACCCAGCCGAGCGCCUGGAGGGAGCUGCUUUACAUCGAGCUCAGAGCUGGGGUGGAGAAGGUGUUGGCAUGCCUGCUCUCCUCCACUCUCACACAGCAUCUUGUCACAUGCUCACAGUGUGAAAAGCUGGUCGAUCCUGACAGUGUGGUUGAAAACCAGCCAGCCUGUGAUCUCCGAGCUGUUGGCAAAAAGUUUGACAAAGGCCUCUACACCACCCUGAAAAUGUUCCAUGAAGAUGUGGUUCAAGUGAUACGAAAAAGGCUUGAGCAGGAAGACCAUCUCCCAGAGGAGCAGAGGCCCACUGCUCUGGCUCGCUCUUACUACCUAAAGCUUCUGGAAGAGGUUUUUAACUGGUUUAACAGCCAAGACCCAAAGCUGUGGAACCUUUCUGCCAAAGACUUAACACCAGGUAUGCUGUCGACUGCUGUUCAUCCUCCCACAACGGAACAUGUUUACGCUCAGUGGCAGGAGAGGAAGGAGCUGCUGUCCAGGCCCCCGCUGGGCCUCCUUCAGGAUGACAACGGACUACAAACACUGGAUAUAAAAGAGGAGGACGCGGCUUCUCCAAUGUCAGGGGACUCACUGAGCCGAAACCACUUCAAAAAUAGCCGGACAGCCAAACUCAAAGGAAAAAGAGGCAGACUUUCAAAAGCUGACUUGGACACUGGGUGGUCCAAAGAGGAUGAAAGGCAGUGCUCCUUGUGUCAGAAAUAUGGAGAUCUCAAACCCAAUGAAGCAGGAAGACUUCUCUACCUUGGCCAGAAUGAGUGGGCACACGUCAACUGCUGUUUGUGGUCUGCUGAGGUCUUUGAAGAAGAUAAUGGCUCCUUGUUACAUGUACACAGCGCUGUGACAAGGGGGCGGCUGAUGCGAUGCGAGCGCUGUAAUCAGACUGGUGCCACCGUGGGCUGCUGUUUGACAUCUUGUCAAAGCAACUACCAUUUCAUGUGUGCCCGUUCGCGACAGUGUGUGUUCCAGGAUGAUAAAAAGGUCUACUGCCACAAACACAGACAUCUCAUUAGUGGAAGGAUGAUAACUGGUCAGGAGUUUGAAGUAAACCGCAGAGUCUAUGUGGACUUUGAAGGGAUCAGCCUUCGCAGAAAGUUCCUCACUGGACUAGAGCCAGAACUGAUCAAUGUUAUGAUUGGUUCCUUGCAGAUUGAAAAGUUGGGUAUGCUGUCUGAGCUUUCAGCCAGCAAAGGCAAACUGUUUCCUGUUGGGUUUCAGUGCUCUCGAUGGUACUGGAGUACCCUGAACCCACUGCGACGGUGCAGAUAUACCUGUAAAAUUCGGGAGGUGCGGCCUGUUGUCCAGGAGAAGCCUGUUGAAGAAAUGCCAGACCAGGGAGACAAUCACACUAUCGCCCACAGUCCACGUCAACUGCCUGGAGCUUCUGUCGAAGAGGCAGAGGAAACGGAAGUCCACCACCCUUCAGAGGAAUCCCAUCUUCUCUGUCUUCCCCCAAAGUCUGAUCAUAGUACAAAGCCAAAAAUCCCCAAUCAUCCUCUUCAUCGGCGACCAGCUGGAGGUCUGUCUCGUCCUCUGCCAUGUCCAGGUGUAGUUCAGACUAAACCCCACCACAUCCUGACCAUAAGUGAUCUAGAGGAGACCCGGAGAGCUCGCCGCCACAGCCCACACUCUGGGACACCAGGCCUAAAGAGUCGUAUGUCCCCGCCCCCCGUUGCCCCUCUAACCGGACCCAUUACCCUCCGUGCCGGGAAAUCUCCUCACCCAACCUCCCCUUUGUUUCCACUCGGUGUUUCAGACAACCUGAUGAAUUCAUCCCGCUCAGUCGGUGGUAGAAACGCUUCCUCAGUCCGCGCCACAUCGUUCUUCCCUCAGUCUCACUGGCAUGAGAACACAACCACCAUGCAGCAGUUACCCAGGAGCCGCCUGUCCUUUGAUCUGAGUGGCUCCGAUUCAGUUGAGGUGCCGCACAACUUUUUAGCUUCACCGGAGCCAGAAGACGUCUCUCCAGCAAACGGCGCUUCGCCCCAUGGCGAUGUAGACAAGCACGGUGACCAUUUUCCAUACGACUCCUUUCACAGAGAGUCCAGCAUAAGUCUGGGUGAGGAGAUGCGAACAGAACUGGAGAUUGAAGAAACACUUCUGAACGAAGGUGUGGCAAUGAACUGCGGGGGGCAGAUAGUGGUGGAAGGUGAUGAUGCGGAGCAGUUUUGGGGAAGAACCAAAGAGGUACGGAAGAGGAAAUCCCUUGUUGCAAAUCUUCCACGUUCUGCAGCCUCGGCAAAGGAAGAUUUGGGAAGCACCUCCUCAGAUGAUGAUAUGGAGCACUACUUGAACUUUUCAAGAACUGUAGUCAGCUGCCCAGCAUCCAAAGAUCGAUCUAAGUCUCCUUGCUCCUCUUCUUCAACCCGGCCCUUGGCUCAGCUGGAUGGGAUAGAUGACGGUACUGAGAGUGACGCAAGCCUAGCGGCUACCGAUGAUUCUCAGAAGGUUGAUGGACCUGGGAAAAAUGAGAUAAAAAGAAAAGACCUUCAUAAUAAAAGUAGUGAAAUCACAAACAGAGCCAAAUUAGCUAAUCUCUCAUUUCACCACAACCAAGCAGCACCUUCAGGUGCUAGAAAAGGUACAGCUGACAGCCCCCCCCAGUGUCCGCCGAUAUCCUGUGAUGCCUCAAACACUCCUUUGAUAGAUCAUGAAUCUAUACCUCCUACUCCAGGUGUCGAGGCUCUUCCUAACUUGCUCACUAAGGUGCCUGAGACGUGCUAUUCAGACCCGUUGUCGUCCGGUUCCAGUUUAGGCUUUGCCUCUGAAGCGGCGCUUGUGCUUGAGAGAUGUGACGGAAACCCAAGUUUCACUGAACUGCUUCCUGUUGUACAAGGACCUGAAAGCCAGCAGAGUGAAAUCUGCGAAGCCCUGAACUCGGAGUCCGACGGCCCCAACUUUACGUCUUCAGCCGAAGAACCUGCUGUUUUGACGAACCAUAUAACAUCUGAUCUGAUGGAUUCAGCUGAUAAUAGCCAGAGCUCCACGCUGGGCCUUCUCCAGCCCCCCUCUUUUAUGCCUACAGAUGUGCAAACCCCCUCGCAAUGCCUCGUAGAUUCUCUUGAGGUGUAUCCCUGUUUACCAGGUUUCAGUAAUCCUCCUCUAACCAGUAUCACACUUCAGCCAGUAGCACCACCUCAGGAAUCCCAGAACUUCCCCUGCAUUGAGCCUUUGUCCUCUAAACUGACAACCCUUACUCCUGUAGGAGAUGUUAUCCAAACGCCGCUGAAUGACCCUCAGAAUGAUCCAGCAUUACCAGCUUGUUUAGGGACUGGUUCCCCAACGGAAACUUGCGCUGCUCUGUUCUCUGCUCAGACGCAUCCGUUCAGUUCUGGCACCGCUGUUUCUUCCUCUGUUUCUGUAUCAACUCUUCCUGGGCUGUUAGCACAGGGUGCAGCCACUCCAAUACCGCUGCAGACCACUUCUGCUCCUGUGGUCCUGAACGGUUAUAGCUCCUCCACUACACAGAAGGAAGCAAUGUCCAGCCACACAAUCUCCAUCAACUUCUCCUCUCAGAGGCAAGUGAUAGAACCUCACCAGCAGGUGCUGCCUCAGGCAUUACCUGGUCACGCCAUCCUUACUGUGAAAGAGGUCGGAGGUCCGAAUGUAGAUCCCACUCCUCAUGUUUUGUUGGUGAACCGCCUUGGGCAGAUCUUUGUGAAGAACCCUGAAAACAAUGCAUUCCAACUGCCCACUCCGAAUUCCUCAUCCUAUAACUGUGUCACCCAGAUUGCCAGUCUUUUGCAGAGCAACGCUCUCUCAGCCACACUGGCUGCAGCUGGAAACAUGACUGUUGCUCCACCUGGCACCAGCCUGACGGCAGCUUCUGCUACCGCCACACCGUCGGCUCAGAACCCAACCACAGUUACACAGCUGCUCACACACAACAGCAACGGCGCCGUGGCCUCAUCCAAUUCCAAGAAGCCCAGAAAAAAUACAAAAACUCUGAAAGAUGAAGCAGCCUCUGAGCUGAAGAAACCAAAGAAGAAGAAGGAGUCCAGUUCAUCCAGGAAAUCAAAGUCCUCCAAGGCUGCAGGACAGCCUGCCUUAUCUACUGAGACUCACCAGAUGAGUCCCGCCGAGAGCGCCCAGGCGAUCAUCAAUCAAGCAAUGGCGAGUAACUACACCCCAAAGUGGACCGGGCUCCGGACAAUGAGUCCUUCCUCACUGGUUCUACCGCCUGGCCUUCUAAUUGAGCCCGAAUCUCCAGUAUCGCCACGUUCUCCUUCACCUCCAGCACCACCGCCGCCACCUCCAGCCCCUCGGCCUCGUUCCCACGUCCGCAUGAAGAGAGUGUCUUCCCUCUCGGACCGCAUCGUCACGAAGAAGUGUAAAGUUGACUUCCUGCCACCAGAGGGCAUCAGCGAAGAGGAGGAGCCCCGUAAAGCCGCUUUUCCAAGCGCAUCCAACAGGGCCUCAGGAGUUCGCAUUAAAACCCCAACAGUGAAGGGCGUCCUGAAUCUGGAUGAGAUGAAGGAUGAACAUCUUAGUGAUUCUGAGAGCUCAGGGUCCGACUCUUGGAGCUUCCUGUCUCAGGGUGAUGCUGGAAAGCACCUUGCAAGAGAAAGCUUGGGUCACAUGAACUUGACCGACUGGAAGAAAUACUCAGGCUCUGUUUCAACUUCAGAUGAUGAACCGACACCUUCUGAUGAUGACGAUGAUGGACGUCCAAUUAACAAAGACCAGCCUCAUCUGCGAUUUGAGAUUACCAGCGAUGAUGGUUUCAGCGUGGAGGCAGACAGUGUUGAGGUGGCCUGGAAAGCAGUAAUUGAUGGUGUGCAGGAAGCCAGAGCGAUCACAAGGCUCAGGCCUCUGGCUUUUCAGAAGAUCACUGGCCCUCGUAUGGUGGGACUGAUCCACGAUGCGGUGGUGUUUUUGCUGGAGCAGCUUGAGGGGGCUCCCCGCUGUCAGCGUCAUUCUUUCCGUUUCUUCAAACAGUUUAGCCAAGAAGAGGACUUGCCCGUGAAUCCUACCGGCUGUGCCCGCUCUGAGCUUUAUGUUAGGAAGUCCACUUUCGACAUGUUCAACUUUCUGGCCUCUCAGCACAGACAGCUUCCUGACAUCGGUCCAUAUGAUGAUGAGGAAGAUGAUGUUCUUCUGAAGUCCACACGACGGGCUACCAGCUUGGAGCUGCCGAUGGCCAUGCGUUUCAGACACCUGGAACGGACCUCCAAGGAGGCAGUUGGAGUCUACAGGUCAGCGAUUCAUGGACGCGGCCUCUUCUGCAAAAGGAACAUUGAAGCUGGGGAGAUGGUCAUUGAGUAUGCUGGCAUCGUCAUCCGCUCAGUACUCACAGACAAAAGAGAAAAGUACUAUGACGGCAAGGGUAUCGGCUGCUACAUGUUCCGCAUCGACGACUUCGACGUGGUGGACGCCACCAUGCAUGGCAACGCAGCCAGGUUCAUCAACCACUCCUGCGAACCAAACUGUUACUCGCGCGUGAUCAACGUGGAAGGCCGAAAACAUAUUGUCAUCUUCGCACUAAGAAAAAUCUACCGGGGCGAGGAACUCACCUACGACUACAAGUUCCCCAUCGAAGAUGCCAGCAACAAGCUCAACUGCAACUGCGGGGCCCGGCGAUGCCGCCGCUUCCUCAACUGAUGACUCUGUGGUAGAUCCUGGGUAACUAGUAAGCCUUAAUACGAAGAUGACGAGAGAUUACCUCCACAGCCUCGCAUGGAGAUAACCACUAUGAGACUGACCGGAAAUGCGCAGCUGGUCAGAAAAUGAGGGAAAUUUGACUAUUUGGAAAGUUUCCUGUUUCAAAUUUCCUCUGCGUAGUUUUACUUGUUUUUUUUUUUUGUUGACACAUUCAGCUCCAUCAACAGUAAGCAAGGAUGUGGUUUUGAAUAUUUAUAACUCGGCAUUGAAGCAGACAAGAGAGGACUUCCUCUACUUUAAAUGGAGGAUGCCAACAUUCACUGAGCCUUAUGUGUUUAAAGCAUUGCUGAAGCUAAAGUUUGGUUCCUUGUAGAGUUUAUUCUUUUUGGUUGGAGCCAGGAUUCGUCCUUCUGUAGUGAUUUGUUCAGAAAUACUCCAUUUUAGUUUUACUUUGGUGGCGGGUUGGUUAUAGCUCCAUCUGUGCAGUGGUGAUGUCUGUUUUUGAGCCAUACAUUCACCCAAUCCCGUAUUUUUUGUGUUUGAAUUUGCUUACAAUCAACAGCUCUCUUUAUUUUCUUAGAUGUAAAUUUUGUUUAUAACUUAACAACCAUGGUGCUAAAGCUUUGAAAGCUUUUUUUUUUUCUUUUAGUUGGACUAAAACGUAUUGAGAAUCAGGAAUCGUUUAGCUGUAUAUAAUCCUCCCUGAUGAUAAACUUAUGCACUCAAGCAUUUCUUCUAAAAUCACUGGUGUGCCAAGAUUCUCCAAUUUAGCAUCAAGCCUCUGCUGUUUUUUUUUUUUUUUUUUUUAUCUGCUCCCAGUUCUAAAUUGGAUGUUGUAACGUGCUGGUACUGUAGUGUCAUAGUUAUAAAAACAGAAGCGUGUCUUGUUAGACAUCGUAUGUGCUCUGCAUAUGUAGCAAACACUACCCAAAGCCAAAAGUGAAGAUUUGUAUAGGGGAGAGAUUUUUUUUUUAAGUACAUUUUUUGUUUUCUAGCCUGAUGCUAAUUUUUUUCUUCUUCCUAAUGCAAUAAAACUUGGCGGGUCAGCAGUUUCACACCAAUAAACAUAACCACCAGAGCAUUACCUUCAUGUUUCGGAGACCUGCUAAAGACUAGAAGUCAGGGAGAGUAAUGGGGCUUAAAGCGUUGCUACUGAGCGCUUGUGUUCGGCGCAGAGCUGAGAGGGGCGUUGUGCACCUUUUGGAGAAAAAGCAAAACGUUGUAAGUUGAUGUUUAGCGCUGUUGAUGACGAGGGUAGAUUGAAAUCCCGCAGUUCGGCUUGUUAAUCGUAUUUAUUCACGUUUGGAUUUGUGUUUUUAACGGUAAAAGGUUUUGCUGUUUAUAAUGCGGUGGUGGUCUAAUGUACAGCAUUUCCCCUCUUUUGCAUCUUUCUUUUGUUUACAGGUGAUGUCCUUCGUUUUUGGUUGUUUACUUGAAUUUCCAUUUCAGGCCGUUGUCAUACAUUUAAGCCUUUUAUGACUGUUAUAAUUUUUUUUUUUUUUUAAAGAAGCCUUUUUAUUGAUAUUUUUUUAUUGUAGAAGACUGUCUAGCAAAGAAUCAGCCACAGGAGUUAAAAGUGAGCACUUUUCGCCUACUAAUACCCACUGUAUAUUUUGCUUUCAUCCAUCUCCUUUCCGUUUUAAAGACUCAAUAGAGCAAAUCGACAUCAUGUUUUAACCCAUUUUCUCAUUUGCAUGACUUGUGCUGGGAUAGAGCCCAGGUUAGCAGGGCAGAGUCGGUCCUAACUUGCAAGGAUUUCUACCUCAGCUGAUUAAACAGAUGUUUGGGAUUACUGAUGCAAAAAGAGACUUUGAUUAAAAAAUUAGUAAAAAGCUUGUUUUUAAUAUUCUUGUAUGUACGUGUGUGUGUGUGUGUUUGUAUGUAC